GAAAUAGUUAGUAUACACUAUUUAACAAGGUCUAUGAGUCCCAUGCACUUGGCUUACGUAACGAGAACGCAUUCAUCAUCACCUCUCAUUUUCACGUCUCCUCUUCACUCUUUAGCCUAUAACUAUCAUUCAGCGUAAUCUACACAAACUCUUCUUUUUAUUUUCUCUUUGAUCUAAUCCAAAAAACUCGUCGAUCAUAACAUGCCGGGAAGUUAUCACCGCCGGGGAUCCGACGUGUCAGUCAUCAUUUUCACGGUGAUGAUCACGUUGCUAACGUGUCCAGUAAUCAUCAACGCUUCAUCAUCAUCAGAGGCAGCCAAUACGAGGAAGCUCGACGAGGUAGAUCCCAUAAAGUGCUCUCCAAGCUGCGUCCAAAACCCUCCUCCGCCAUCGCCUCCACCACCAUCUCCACCGCCUCCGGCAUGUCCUCCUCCGCCGGCUCUCCCUCCACCGCCGAAGAAAGUUUCACCCAACUGUCCACCACCUCCCCCGGCUGAUUUCUUGUACAUAACGGGUCCGCCGGGAAAUCUCUACCCCGUUGAUGAGCAAUUCGGAGCGGCCGCCGGAAAAGGUUUUACGGUGGUGAAGCUCUCCGGUCUAAUCGGGUUUGGACUUAUGGGGUUGUUGGUUCUUUGAAGCAUGAACGGAUCAAAAGUAAAGUUGAAGAUUUGUUGGUAUGUUGGAAUACUUUUAAUUCGUUUUUUAAGAAAAAAAACUUAUUGAUAGUUGAUUAAUAAUAAUCUUUCUAGCUAGGAUUACAUAUGUCUCAUCAUAUUUUACUAUAUCCAAAUUUUCUAAUGGGUUUGUUAAACCAAAUUAAUAAGGUGCGAAUAUGUAAAUUCUAGAAUGUAAUCUCUUUAUGUGAUAUGUUCCUCUCUUUGUCAA